ACGUUGAAAAGAACCAUGUUUUUGAGAACACAGUUUAAUUAUAACAAAGGAAUAAUUUACCACGAAUAGAUUAAAUCUAAUGUCAAGCUUCUUUUUUUUAAACAAUCAUAAACUGUUAUAAUGUAAAAUUGCAUUGUUUAUUUUUGUGUGUAAAAAUUCAGUUAAAACAUGUCACUUACGCUCUCUGACUGUUGAAAGUCGAACUGCGGUCCACAGGAAUAUUGAAGCAUUCUGCUGAUUUGUGUAAUCAAGCUUUGUUUUCUUGACAAACGUGUAUGACGUAUACAUAAAUUGGAUAAAGCACGAAAUUUAUCAUUCUAGCAACAAACAAAUUUAGAAAAUUAUAAUAUGCAGUGGUUAAAGAUAUAUUUUCAUUGAAACCUUCUGAACUGAAAGGUCAGGUUAAUUCAAGAAUGACUCGAUCUAACAGAAAACGAGGGCGCGAUGCAGAAGAAGAAUCUAGUGAAUUUAUGCCAUUGAGCAAAAGAAUCAACAAUCUUCGCAUUAACAGUUUAUCAGGCAUGCAAGAAUGUAUGAGCGAGACCAUGGAUACAGAUUGUAGUGGUAGAGGCUUUAUGCCAUCGCCAAAUUAUUCAGACCUUUCUCAAGGAUCGCCGUUAUAUGACGGGUGUAGUUCUAGCCAAAGUAGUUACACAACUGAAUAUAAACCUGAUCUGGAUGCUAAUGAAAACCCUUUUUAUUAUGAAAGUAACAAAUUGUUAUUUUCUUUGUAUAUGGAACGUGUACAAAGAUCAUCUGACUCGUUUUGAUAUCCCUAUUUCCAGAUUAUAGGCUUUAAUUAUUAAGCAUUUUAUUGCAUGUCAUCUCUUCAUUCCUUUACAAUACAUUUUUAUUGUGUCAUUAAAAAUCUGGUAAAGUAUAGUAUAAAGAAAAUUAUUAAUGAUUACAGGAUGUAAUUAUUUAUUAUUAUAAAAUUAAUUUAUGAUUCAGUUGUACAUACAACAGAAAGAUAUAUAUUUAAAAUUUUAUGUCAAACAAUAAUGCAACUAGGAAGGUAUAGAAUUAGAAUUUGUAUAGUUGUGAUUAAUGAAUUUGAUCAUGAUUUAUAAUACGAUAAAUUUAAUAAUUAUUGAUAAUUUAUA